AUGGAUCUAAAGGACAACUUUCCGGCCCGUCCGGGAUAUCUCUACCGCUUGUUCAAUGUGUUCUAUUCCAAGUGGGAUGCCGGCGAGGCUGCUCCCAAGACGCUAAGCAAUGCAUUUUCAGAGAGCUGUGCUUUCUGGAGACCAUACACGAAUGCUGACAAACUUGACCCAGUGGAACUCGGCCUAGAGCAAGUUCUUGUCAACGAGUUGAAGUGGUGGUCUCACGCCCUUCUCGAGAUCGAGGGUCCUCUCCUAGGUGUUGAUGAGGACGGUACUAAAUGCAAUCUCUCUCCCUAUGAUUUUGAGCAAGACGACAUCCAGAACGUCCGCAUCAUUGGCAGCAUUCUCUACCUCCCCCUCAACCACGGACUCGACAACCACGGCGGACCUGAGUGGACGGAGUCAGGCUACUUCCUCGCCAGCAGCAUCGGCGAAGAUGGUACCACUAAUAGCCAGUGGUCCGUCUCGCAAACUGCUAUGUGGAGCGAGGACCUCUUGGAUGAACUUGGAAUUCUCGAGCAGCGCUUCAAGGCGGCCAAGUCUCCUGGUAUGACGAAGCUCCGCGACUGUCACAAGGAUGCCAUUUUGGAGUGGAACAACUCCAAGGACCUCGUCGAGCUCAUUCCUAUUUCCAUGCUAAGUCUAGGCCCUCGACGGCUGAUAAGACUAGCGAGGGGGUUAUAG